GUUCCGACUAAUCUAUCUUAUGAGCAAGUGAGGCACGAGAAUAUAGGCAGGCAGGUAACAAGCGAAGGGCCUUAUGAGGAACGGAUAGAUCGGCCCGUCUUUGUAUGCCCGUGGCAUCCUGGAUUGCCGGAUCUUGGACUUCUUUCAAUAACUGGACCGUUUAUACGCAGGGCAGUCUUCAUCAUUCUUCCGAGUCCGCGUUUCCGAGCUUCAUCAGGCAAGUGCGCGUUCAUGCAAGGAGCAAUGUCACUCUGCCAAUUCGACCCGCAAUCUUUAGCAUCCGUCCUACGACAACCGCACUUUCAUUAUCAAGGGUGAAGCGAGCAGUGGUUUUUCGUCUUUCGGUCUUCAAUGACGUCUCAACAUACACAGAUUCUUGGGCCUGUCGAUCCAUGCCGGACUCCAAGAUUCUCGCGGCUGCUGCCCCUACAAUACACUACCGUCAUCCCCUUGCACGUUGUGGGCUUUCUCCCCACGCGAACAGCCAUUCACUCGCCACGGCCUGGGGGAAUGGACAAACGGACUUGCCGGGGGGUGGCUGCUUGAGCCAAUGGAAGACUGGGAUGGCCUCCGUCCCGUAACAUACUGGUGCCGUCUUGGGUGGUGGGUGCCUCAUAUUUCAGCCUUUUUAUUCAGCUCUAACCCAGCAACGAAUCGCUACGGAACCAGGUCCGUCCCCAUUCGGCCAUCCAUUCUC